GGGUUACAGUGUCACAAAAUAUCAGUAGCUGUGCUCACCCAGCAGCCUGUAAAUCUCUUGUAUACAGAAAGGAAAUCGCCCAUCUGAACUCAAAAUCAUUAAUUGACUUUUCAAGUUAAGUAAAAGACUCUUUCAAUCUAUUAACCAUGAGUAGUGGCAAGCGACAUAAUGGUUUUCAGGACUUUCCCGAUGCUGGAAAAAGACAAAAUGCUAAUUCUAAAUUUACCAAAGAAGACAGAAUGCGACUGGCAACGUUUGAAGGCUUGGAUUUUGUCCCUUCACACAGCAAAGUGUAUCAAGCAUGGCUAAAGAAAAGAGGUUCAAGUUUGCACGCUGACUGGGACUACUGGCUUAUGAUGGGGCUGACUGGCAUAGGCACUGGAGUGACAGGAUUUUUGACAUAUCAAACAAUCAAAUUACUAACAAGGCUGAAGUGGGAAUUUGUUCUUCCUUACAUACAGGACAGCAAUUACAUGCUUACAUGGAGCUAUGUGUUUGGAAUCAGCGCUGUAAUGAUGAUUGUCUCAUCUUUAUCAGUCCUGUUUGUUUGCCCAACAAGUUCUGCAAGUGGCCUGCCUGAAGUAAUAGCUUUACUGAAUGGAGCAGCAAUCAAUAAUGUUUUCAAUUUGAGGACAUUUCUUGGUGUUACAAUCUCCUUUAUUCUGUCAGUAGCGGCGGGGAUUUUCUGUGGGCCAGAAGGACCAAUGAUUAUAUUAGGAGCUAUUGUAGGAAGCAGCUUUAGCCAACUUGAAUCUGACAUAUUUCGCUUCAGACUACCUAUUCAAAGGUUUAGGAACUUGGCAGACAGGAGCAAAUUUAUCAUGGCUGGCGCUGGAGCAGGACUGGCCUCCGUAUUCAGGGCCCCUGUUGGAGGACUUCUCUUUACAAUUGAGGAGGUUGCCUUUUCUGGGGAUAUAAGACUGGCCUGGCAGACUUUCUUUUGUUGCAUGAUGGCUGCUUUAACUACAGACAUUCUUACUUCCGCUUUUGAAGGCUACAUCUACCAAGGACACUUUGGCAUAUUUCAAGCAGCUAAGAGCAUUGUAUUUUGGGUAAACAAUUUUGAAGAUAUGAGCAUAUUGGCCUUUAUUCCAGCUGUCAUCAUAGGAAUCAUAGGAGGACUUCUUGGAUCUGCAUUUGUCUUCUUGAAUAUAAACCUAAAUAAAUUUCGUCGCAAAAUGUUUGGGAAGAUCAAAAAUUUGUAUAUCAGAAAGUUUUGUCAGCUAUUGGAAGUGCAGAUAAUUCUGCUGCUGACACUUACUGUUACAAUCUAUGUGCCAAGUUUCUUUCCGUGCACUUCAGCUGACAAUUAUGAAUUACCUACUUUAAUAAAUGAGUCCAUGCAGUUGAACACAUCUGAUGUGAUUAUAAACAAGAAUGCAUUUUACCUAUUCAAUUGUCCAAAAGGGCUUUCUUGGAAAGGACCAAAUGAAGAAAUAUUUUCUAACAGAACUAUAAAUCAAGUUGCAACCCUUCUGGUGGAAAAUGGCAGAAAUGGCAUUACUUACCUGUUUAACAGAGAUUUUCCUGAGCUCUUUGGCUACCCAGCUCUCUUCAUUGGACUAGCUUCCUAUUUCUUCUUCUCUUGUUGGGCAGCUGGCUCUGCUUUAGCAGGUGGUCUUGUAGUACCCAUGUUAUACACUGGAGCACUUUAUGGAAGAAUUGUUGGGUUGUCAACGAUUUCUAUUUUUGGAAUACCAACAGAUAGAUAUGGAGCUUGGAUUAAUCCUGGGUUGUUUGCAACAAUUGGAGCAGCAUCAUACAUGAGUGGUGUGACGCGCAUCACAAUUUCACUCACUGUUCUAAUGAUUGAGGUCACAAAUGAUAUUCAGGCACUUCUACCAAUUACUGUGGCAGUUAUGGUUGCCCAAAGGGUUGGAGACAUGCUGACACAACCUUUUUAUUCAGCAACUCUUGAACUGAAGUGUGUCCCUAUUCUUCCUGAGGACCCAAAAGUGAAAAUCAAUAAAAACGAUUUAAAUCUGGAACUAUUCACUGCUGGGAAUAUCAUGAAACGUAAUCCAAGAACAGUUCAUCUCAGGGAAUCUGUUGUUUGUUUAGCAAGACUUCUGCAGGACACUCAACACAGUGCAUUCCCUGUGAUCCAUAAACCCGACCAAGAUCACCAUGAAGUCUUUGUAGGAACAAUAACUAGAAUGGAGCUUUGCAAGCUGUUACAAAGUGAAAGGAUUUUUGAAUCAGAAGACUUAAAGAGUGAUGUUUAUAUCAAUCAGCUGAGCUAUGAAGAGAUCAAUACUGAAAAGCUCAGCAAGCUUGCUGCUACAAAUCAAGUCAUUAAUAAAUAUAUUAGUGACCCUAAAUAUGAGGAUGUUUUCAUCAAUCUGGAGCCCUAUAUUAACCAGUCAGCCACCACAGUUCAUGAUGGGUUCUCAUUGCAUCGCACAUACAGAAUUUUCCAAAAACUGGGACUGAGACAUCUAACUGUUGUGGACAAGAAGAACCAAGUAGUAGGGAUCAUUACACGGAAGGACCUAAUGGAGUUCAAUCUGGAAGAGAUGCUUGAGCCUUCUGUUUGUCAACCUAAAUCAGACACUGAACUGAUAUUCCUGAUGAGCAUGCCACAUGAAUCUUCUCAUGAUAUUUAAAAUGUCAGUUAUGAGUGUUAAAUUAUUAAAAUGUUGACAGUUAUCAAAAGAAAAAUGAAAAAUUGAUUGCUUUCUCCACUUUACAUUUUUGCUUCCUAAUUAUUUAUAACAUUUUUGUGAGUUGGGAAGUAGAAUGAUACUUUACAGAAUAUGUACAUAUUGAAAACAA